AUGUAUGACGACACGACCGACCCCGAGGCCCAUGUCAAAACUUUCACUAACGCCAUCGCAUUCCAAACUGGGAGCGAUGCCAUAUGGUGUCGAGCAUUUUCUCUGUCAUUAGAAGGGGAAGCGUUAGAGUGGUUUAACUCGUUGCCUCCCAAUUCUAUCAAGAAUUUUGAAGGACUGCGACGCAUGUUUGGCCGCCAGUUUUCCAGUAGUAAUACCCAAGACACAUCCAUUUUUUAUUUGGUGAACCUCAAGCAAGGAAGGGAGGAAACGUUGAAGGCAUUCAUGGACCGGUAUCAAGAGCUUGUCCACCGGGUGAAGGGUCUUACCACUAAGCUCGCCCUCCAGUACAUCUUGCCAGCCCUCAAGCCCAGACCAUUUAAGGACAGUUUUUGUCGGCGGGAGCCAAAGACCAUGGAGGAGCUGCGAGAGAGGGUGACAGAUGAAGUCAGAGUUGAAGAAAUGAAACUUUCCUAUAAAAAGCAAAAUCAAGAAGCACGUAAUAAGAAGGCAGACGACAGGAAAUUCGAUAACCAAUCAGGGCGAACGGGAGGUGUGAAGCAAAGAGAGGCACCAGAGGGCCAAUAUUUCAGCAGUAUACGCCAUUGA